CAAACCAGAAGUGCUUUAUCAGACCUCCUCUGCUGACUCCUUCAACAUGCAGUUCACAAGAUUUUAGAAAAGACCAAAAACAUAUAGUUAUAUAGCACAUUGUGAGUUUGGAACGAAAGCUGGUGAUGUGCAGAAAACAAUGCAAACAUUUGUGAGGACUCUGUCCUUGUUCCAAGUUUUGAUAAGUGUGACAGUGAAGAGCAAGGCUGAACAUGUUUUUACUGGAACAGAAGGAGGCAGUGUGGAUAUCACCUGUAAAUACCCUGAUGGAUAUCAAUAUACAACCAUGUACUUAUGUCGUCAUCCAUGCUAUUCUUCUGAUGUCUUAAUUAAAUCUCAGAAGGUUGAUCAGGCCAUCUCUAUGGGAAGAUACACUGCACUAAACAUUCCAUCUGUCCGGAGUUUCACUGUCACCAUCAGACACCUCAGAUUGAAGGACUCUGGAGUUUAUUACUGUGGAGUGGAUAAAUGGGGAUAUGACAUAUUGAUUAAAGUAAAGCUUAAUGUCACUAAAGGCAUUAUGUUUCCUGCUACAGUUCCUGCUGUGUCUUCACAUGCUCCAGUCGUUUUGCAGUGUCAAAGCCCUGAUGUUACACAGCUUCCCCAUGCUAUGACAGUGAUAUCAAGUACUGCAGAUAAUUUCACCUCAGAUGAACAAGCAUCAUCUACAACUCAACCUCAACAUUCUAUAAACACACACCUUCAGUUGCUUGUUGUUUGUGGAGGAGUGCUGGGCCUAAUGUUCUGCUAUGUUUUUGCAACUCUUGUGAUUCUCUACAGAAAGAAAUCCAGCACACAAAACACAUCUUUGAAACCACCUGCUCCUGAAAGCCAAAUUUCACAUCCAUCACCUGAUCAGGAGGACAUUUGCCAUGUGAAUGAUUACAUGUUGGCUGUGUAUAGUUAUAGUUAUAGAGGAGAUGAAUCUUCAGCCACUUACAGCACCAUUCAGCUCCCUGCUCCAGCAGAUAAUGAUCGCAGUCUAUACUCUGUUGUAAUUUUUCACUGAAAACAAUUAACGCAUCCUAUAUAUGUGUGGUGCAUAAUACACAAAGAUAAAAACAGUUUUGUGGAUUAUAAGACAAUAAGUACUCUUUUGGGCAUACACUGUCUUAUUUAAACUCCUGUAUUCCUCACAUAUUUAACCAACUAGCAAGAAGUAAGACUUGACAUGCUAUAUUUUAAUGACAUGGUUUCUAACAUCCUGUACAAAUUGUCACAUAAACCCAGUGCUUUUGGGUGUCUAUGAUAUUUUUUUCCCAUCUUGUAGCUCUUAUACAAACAUGUACAUAUAAUGCUAAUGCAGAUUGAACACACACUUAGAUUAAUUCAACAACUGUAUCCACUGACCACUCAUUGGUAAAAAUGUUUUCUAAUGUUUCUGAGAAGGUCAUCAAAAUAGUCUGAACUGUGAGAAGCUCCUCUGUGAAAGAAUUGGAGAAAAAUAGUCAAGAUCAGCAUACACGCUUCCUUUCACAAGUAGCUAUGAUGUUAUUUUUAAGGUGUGAAGUGGUACUGUUGUUGUGACAAACAAAACAAAAAGUUUCAGCCUUACUGCAAGCAAAUUGUAUACCUCUAUGUAUUACAGCCUAUUCCUGAAACAGUGACAAAUUAUUGCUUGUACAACAUAUGGCAAUAACAGUAAUUUCAAUAUACAGUAGAUCAAUAAAUACAAUAUACAAUACAAGGAAAACUGCAAUACCAAAUAACAUUUUAAGUAAUAUACAGUUUGUAUACCGUUGUCAAAAUGAAUUCUGACAUCUUUCUGUUCCAGUAGUUAUGCUAAUGUCUUUUUUGCUGUAGAGUCCAUAUGGAGUGACAGUCAGAAAUACAUGCAUUCAUGCAAUAUUUAGGGCCCGAGCACCGAAGGAGCAAGGCCAGAGGCCUUGCACCGUAGGUGCGGAAGCCCUAUUGUUUUCUUUAGAAUUUUAUAUUUAUUUAUUUUUAGGGCCCGAGCACCGAAGGAGCAAGGCCAGAGGCCUUGCACCGUAGGUGCGGAAGCCCUAUUGUUUUCUUUAGAAUUUUAUAUUUACAGCGUUACAGCGCGUUACCCGUUACAGCGUUACCCGUUACAGCGCCCCCUGGAAAACCUUGCUGCAUAGCUGAUACACACUUGCACGUAUCCAUGUACAACUUGGUACACACUUAGAUCUCAUUGAAAUGAACAACUUUCACACUGCAUGUCAUUAAGUCUAAUCCACAGGAAGUGAGUUAUUUUGAGUUGUUUGCAAAACGCACCCAAUGGAAUUUGAAAUACUCCUCCUAGGGAAUUGAUACAACUGCCACCAAUCCCAGGCUAAAAUGAUCUCAAGACAUUGAUAAUGCAAAAUUGCGAAGGGAAAUUUGAUAUCUCAAACGGUUCAGCCGUGAGAAGCCCUUAAACUUUUGGCGAAUAAAACGAAACAGGAAGUGGCUAAUAAGUUCUGUGUACAUUAUGUGAUCUACAUGAAACCUAUAUUAAAAAAAUUAAUGUUCUUAUAUCUUAACAGUGGAAAGCCCUAAUGUUUCAAAAAAAUGUACAUAGAAAGAACAACUGGUUAUGAGUAAUUCUGCUUAGUUUCAUGAUUUUGUGACGCUCAAACGGCUCACAACAAAUUUUUACAUUUAUCAGUGCAUUGACUGGACAUGGCUUUGGCCUGACUCCUGCAGUACUAGACUAUGUCCACUAGAGGAUCUUUCCACUUUAUUUUUAUUUUUUUAAAUAUGGCUUCAUGUUCACAAUUUAUAUAUACAGAGUCAGCCAAAAAAUGUAUAUAUAGACUUCAAGAAAAGAAAAAGUAGACAUUUUUUCAUUUUUUUGCAGACAUUGUUUGCACUUAUAUUCUUAAUUGCCUGCUUUAUGAUCAAAAUGUGGCCUAAAUAAUUUUAUCAUUUCAAUAAAAUUGGCUUAGCUCACUUUGUUAAUCUUAACUUUAUUAAAGCAUAUAAGCAUUUAAGAAAAAAAAAUUGUUGCCGUUUUAUUUAUUUCCAUUUUUCUCAUCAUCAACUUCAUUAAUUAGUUUAUUCUUAUUAGAAACAAGGCAAAGCAGAAUCCUGGGUCAAGGCUGGAAUACACUCUGUAUGAGAUGCUUGUCCACACACACACCCACACACACACACACACACUUGAUGGCUGCCUGUGAUCGCUUAUUCCAUCUUCUUCACAUUUAAAUUCAUUACGUUCAUAAAAUUAUACCAUUGUCUAGCCCAUUCUCUACUCUGUCUAGGUUUCUAAACCAUCCUGUGUUAAUGUGACACGUGGGCUUCUACCUAGUACUUUCGAUGCGACUUUGAGGCUAAUUUUAUCAUGGUAACUUACACCUUUUUUGCAGACACAUGCAUUUGCACAAUGUUAUGCAUUUGCAAACUGAAUGUACAUUGAGCUUAAACCACACCCCAUCACCACUGACUACAAACUGAUACUAUAGUGCUAUAACGUCUGACCAAAUAUUUCAUGACUGCACCUGCAGAAAGUGGCGGAAGUGGCUUCGCAUUCCGAGGUGAAAUGGAGCAUUCACCUUACAGAAAGACCACAGAGAUGUUUAAUCUCUCUAUGUCAAUCUCUAUUCUUUAGAUAUUAUAUUUGAUCAUUAAGACACAACACAGGCAAUAUGUAGUGGAUAUAAAAAUAUAUAUUUAUCAGAUUGCAAAGGGAUCUCCUGUGCUCAGCUCUCUUUAAGACAUUUUUACAAGCUUUCUGUAGGACUUCUAUGGGAUCUGUGCUCUGAAUUGGCCAGGUCCUUUAAUAUUGCCAGAGGUCUAUUUGCCGCCUCUCUGAUUUUGCCUUAUUCUUUUGUCAAUUUUGGAAGGAUAUAAGCUCUCCUCAUCACGACCUUGAGAUGCUGUACAUGCUUUGUAAGCCCUUUGCGGACUAUGGCUUCAGUAUGUGGAUAAAACCAAGAAGAUUUAAAAAAAAAAAAAAAAUACAGACACAGCUGAUCUUUAUUUUGGGUUAAUCAGAUUCACUACACUAAUCAAUCACUUCACAAUAGCAGAUGAUCCCUGUCUUGAUAAUGGUACACGCUUAACACAAUUUUGCAGUGAUGCAUUUUGUCACAAUAUAUUGUUACCCAGAUAAUUCUGUGCACCACUGUUGAAUUACUUCCUGUUUGUGAAAGGAUAAAAAAGGCAGUGUAAUGAAAUCUAACAUUUUAUUUAAUCUAAAAACAGUUAAAAGGCUUACACUUUAUUUCUA